AUGGCGGAGGGCGGCGACGGCAACACGAAAAGUCGCGACUGCACGCCGGAACCUGUACCGCUGCGCGCAAUACCUUUGGAGUCCACGACCAAGUUCCGCACCGGCGCCGACGCAGAGCUGAUCGAGUAUGUGCGCAGCCGGCCCGUGCUGUACGACCCAUCGCACUCGCGCUACAUGGACAACCUGCUCAAGAACGGCCUCUGGAACAAGAUCGGCCGACAGUUGAGGGCUAGCCCGAGCGCAUGCAAAGCGCGCUGGAACAACAUCCGCGACAACUACCGCAAGGCGCUGCGUAAGCGCAGCAUCAACGGCAAGCUGCAGUACAAGUUCGCGCACCUGCUGGCCUUCAUGGACCCCAUCUACAAGGGUCACUUUGAGCUCAGCACUUGCCAAGCAGCCAACAAUAGCGCAAGCCAAUUAAGCGCGAAAAUAGAAAACUCAGAAGACAGCAACGACGUUGAAGACCCAGACGAAUCACUACAACAAUCAACCAAUCACGACGAUCAAUUCGAGGGCGACGGUCUCUCCAACCAAUCAGAGUCCGUCGUAGACUACGAGAUGUUCGAAAAGUCCAACGUCUCUGGUUCCUACCCCCCGCAUCCCGCGCCGCAGGCCGUGGACGCGUUCUUAGCUGCGAUUGGUAUAUCGCUGAAAGGCCUGAGUCCGUACCACUUAACUAUGGCCAAGGCGGAGAUUUUUGCUGUUGUGCAUAAGUAUGAGUUGAAGGGGAUUGUGCAAAAUGGGUGGGCGCCUUCUAAUAUUAAUCCUUUGCCUUGAGAGGUGUAGAACUGUAU